UGCAUUUACCUAUUGUACCUGCCCAGUCUUUUUGUUAAGGAGACCUGGCAUUGAGGACGGGCUGUGAAUGUUUUGACAAGAAUGAGGAAGAUUUUAAAUCGUCAGGUAUUAUAAUCGAAAUGCGCUAGCAAAACUCCUCGUCCGUGACGGGGUCUAACAGUGGCCUAUCUGGUACCGGAUACAAAGACGACACACAGAGACAUGGAUUAGGAAGAAAAGCCCGGUAACUUUGCGAGAGUUUCAGUGUAAAACAAAAUGUCGUCUGAGAGUUUCGUUCGUAAGGAUAGCUACCGCGUCACGUGCGAGGAAGAUAUUCUAAACAUCCCGGAUCUCUUGACAGCCCGGGAAAUUCUGAAGAGCUGGGGGCUUCAAGCCCGGGGGAUCCGGGAAAAGGAGCAAGCCGUGCAGAUUCUGCUGCAACACUGGCGGGAAAAGGGUCGACAGUCCGGGGAAGGAGUGAAGAAAGAGAUUUCAAAUGGAUUCCACGAAGCCAUUCGUGACGAUCACCGAAAACGGGAGAAACUCGGAAUCAAAAUCGACGAAACACUGGACUUCUUCAAACGGUUGCCAAGGCAACAGAAAACCGAUCUCCUGCGAUUUAUUCCAGACCUUGUUCAUAAAUGUGAGGUUCGGAAACACGAACUGAUGUCUCCGGAAUGUACCAUUCUCGUGGCAGGAGAAACCGGAGCGGGUAAAAGUAGUUUCAUCAAUCUUCUCCUGGAGACAAACAUCCUACCUACACGACAGUUGGCCUGCACCAGCACGUUUUGUGAACUACACAAGAGCAGAGACAAUCGAAAGACGGCCACGUUCUACUACAAAACGUAUGAGGCCAGAGGAAAGGAAAAAUCUCCGCGAAAACUUGACAUCAGCUCCAAGGAGGGAUUAAAGGAGCUGGCCAAUGGUAUCAUGGAGAUCGACGAAGACAUGGACGAGAGUCCGUACGAACGAAUUGUAAUUCAGUACCCCUUCCCAUUGCUAGAGGAGGGCAUUGUGUUAGUGGAUACUCCUGGUCUGGGAGAGAGUAAAACUCUGAUCAAGCACGUUAGCAGAUAUCUGGAAAAGUCUUUUGGGUUUAUCUACGUCGUCAACAGCUCAAACGCUGGUGGGGUGCAUGAAGGGAGGCUGAAGGAUUUUCUCCGGACAGUAGUAAAUAUGACUGAUGAAGAAAUGCACCACGACUGCACCAUGUUUAUUUGUAAUAAAUGGGAAACCGUGCCCGACAAAUUUAAAGAGGAAGUUAGAAUCGACACUAUGCGAAAGCUACAAAAGUUCUUCCGAAAUAUCACAGAGGACCAGCUAUUCUUCAUGUCUGUGGAUGAGACGCAGAGGCACUACAGCACCCUCGGUAAAAUGUCACCGGAACAUCACGCCAUGUUGGCUGGGAUUAAGCUGCUACUUCCGGCUAGCCUUGAGAAUAAAUUGAACAUUCACUACAGAUUUAUCUCCCAAAUCCUAAAGAGAUCCAUAUACUCGUUGAAAGUUGCCAACAACAUGGCGAAAUGCAGCAAUAAUGAAAAGGAGGAAAUGAUCAAGGACAUAAAGGCCCGGAUGCAAACGGUUCAAUGUAAGGCCAUGCAAUCAGUGGACGAUCUACGACGAGGGAUGGAGUUUGAAAUCAAAAGUCUAUACGAAAGUGUGAAGAGCUUGGUUAACUCCGAGGACUUCCGAAGAGUUUGCAAAGUCUGGGAACCAAGGGAAUGUCCAGGUUCAAAAGAUACGAAAAAGCUCAUCAUGGAUGCCUCGGAAAUUAUUGAAAAUCGAGUAUGUAUGACCAUAGACCGGUGGGAGAAACAGUAUAACAUAAUAAGGACUCUCAAGAAUAAGAUUAUUUCCAAACUGAAACGAGACUGUGAGCUGAUGGAGGACCAGAUCCGUGAGAUAGAAAGUACUCUUAUUGCCGGAGAAAACGCCAUAAUCAGAGAUCUACAUCAAUCAAUGAGAGGUGGUCCGAGGGGUAGGAAGUCGAAAGCCAAGAAGAAAAAUGAUAAAAAAGAUGACAAAAUUGCAGACCUCAAAGUUCGAUCGCUAGGGGGCGCUGUUAGUAUCACUGGGAGAUUCGACAACAGCAAAGGAGUCAAGUCUCACUUCAAGAAUUUCAAGAAGAAAUCACCGGAAGUGAGCAUGGCAGAAGCUACCGAUCUCUACUUACAAAAUAUUUUUAACGCAGAAGAACUUUUUAAAAAUAUAGAAAUCUAUCUCACGCGUUAUACAAAGGGAAUUGAUUUGGUGGCUCGAAAAAUUCCGGACUUCAUUUCGUCGGAUCAAGAUAUGAUAAUUGAGAUAGAAAAACAGCUUGAGGAAUCCGCCGAAUGUAUGCAUGAAGUUCCGGAACUUAUCCGGAAAUGCUCUGUCAUUCAGGGGAAUUUAGACGUGUUAUACGUACAUGAUAUCAUGCGGAAGGACUACCGGCUACGAGAUUUGGAAUGGAGCGACAGAUCAAAGCUUGGAAGUGGUGCAUUUGCAGAUGUAUAUGCCGCCAAACUUCGACAGGGUGACAAAUUCGAAAAUGUGGCUCUGAAGUGGUUUAAAGAUUCGAUCAAAUCCAACACGGUAUCUGAUAUCUUGUUGGAGGACCACACAAUGAGAGAGAUGGAGCACCGUCAUCUAAUUCGUUACUAUGGCUGCACACUACAAGUUAAGGGAGCCAAAGUCCACUGGAUAAUGAUCCUGGAAUUCUGUGAAUGCACACUUAAAGACAGACUUAUCAACGAUGACUACCAAAAUCCCGGAAAAGUAGACGAAUCGUUACAGCAAAAGCCAAAAUUAGAAAUGGCGCGGUACUCCUCGCAGAUUUGUCAUGGGUUGGAAUAUCUCCAUAGCAAGGACUUGGUUCAUCGGGAUCUGAAGCUUGAAAACGUUUUGCUAACGAGUGAUGACGUAGUAAAACUCACAGAUGUUGGCCUUUCUAAGCCGCAAACAGAUAUCUCGGGAACUCUCGCGGGAUCUCCAGUGUACAUGGCGCCUGAAAUCCAUCUACAGAAAGGCAUUUACAAUCGGAAGGCGGACAUAUUCAGCCUCGGUAUCAUGUUGUGGGAAAUGUGGUAUGGCGUGGAUGCGGCUGACCACAUUUCGGAAGCUCUGACCAAGAGAGGAGUGAAAGCCAUGCAACUGGGACAACUUUUGGAAAAAGGACUAAGACCGGAAAUGUUUGAUCGUUUCCGGCCAAAUCCUGAAUGGGGCAAUAUUAUCACGCAAUGCUGGACUCUGGAGUCGAGAAAGAGGCCUGAGGCUCGCCACGUGCGAAGAUUCUUUGAAGAUUUCCUAAGUUUGAAUCAACGGGUGAAAUGAAAAAUGGACGUUAAUUAAUGAAACUGGAAAUUGAAUCUUUCAAUUAAAAUAUUUUUGUGUUUUGAAUAAUGUGCACAUUGUUUAUUUAGAAAUAGAUACAUGUAUGAAGGAUAAUAAAUAUGACAAAAAUGCAAA